CAAAGAAACCUGCAGUGGCAAACCGGAGGGGAGGGGCUGGCGGCGGCGACGGGGCUGCGAGCGGAGGGUGACGCUGUGCGGCCUGCCGCAGAGACGACCCUCAGGAGUCGAUCGCGGUGUGGUGCCGACUAGAUUUGGCAGAGCGGCACACCAGCGAGAGGUUGAAGACAACUUCAGAGCCGAUCAUUGGGUGGUUCACACAGUUAUGAGGUAUGUCAAAAGAGAACCUAUUGAUUUCCUAUGUCUUGCGUUCUCAUAUGCUGCGAUUUCUAACGAGAGAACGAAGAGCACCUAGCUAGCUUGGUCAGUAGUCACAGGGACGUCGCCAUGGGAAAGAAGAGAAAGCAUGAGCACGACGGAAACACAAGCAUAACAAGAGAUGAGACGCCUCUGGAAGUGUCUUCGGUUGCCCUUCCUUCUUCCAUCUGUGACGUGCUAAUCCAGUUUAAAGACAUCAUACAGGUUAAAGUGAACACAGAUGAACGAGUACAAAGCCUUGAGAAAAAGGUUAAAAAGCUUCAGGAAAAGGUGAAAAGGAACAAAAGCGAGGAAGUUCACACGAAAGAGCGGAUAAACAAACAAAUUAAGGAAGAUCUAAAGACAGAGCUGAUAAGCGAGUUCAAGGAAGCUUUCAAGAGAGCUAAGGAAGAGCUGAAGUUAGAAUUCGGGCAAGAUAUACAAAAGCUUGAGGAAACUGUUGAGAACAAAAGUAAGCAAUAUUUCAGCGUGUUCAAGGAAGAUUUCAAGAAAGAGCUAGAAGAAGUGAAGGAAGAGCCCGAAUCAGGGAUCCAAAAACAGAUGCAAAAAGAAGUGUAUGCAAAAGUACAUCCUUGCAAUGAAUCUCGGUCUCUCAGGUAUUACAUUUCCUUGACUAUGAUUGAUUAGUUGAACUACUCUUCUCAAAAGGUCAUGACGCCCACAAAACGAUUUUACAGUUAAUAAUAUAUGUUCUUGAAGUGAUUUAAAAAUGGUGCAACCUAAAACAGUAAAAUGUAGGUUUAGGCCUUGGACAGCGUAGGCGUAUUGAUUGGAACAUAUAUGUUGGCUGUUUGCCAAUGGGCCGCCUGGUCCAGAUGAAAUGGAGUACACUCUUGACGUGACAGAAAGUAGUUCCUCCAUAUUUAAUUCAUUUGUUCGUGCGUCGGCCAGUUCCUUUUCAAGUUGCGUGGUGGGUUGUGAUUCUGUCUCAAUCAUGUGACUAAGGAAGCUUCAGGGACGACACUUUACGCACGAUCUGCAAACGAUGUUCCUCUCCAACAGCACUAGCAUCAGCUAAAAAAAGAAAAACAAAUAACCUCCUGUGUGCACGCUCACUGCUGGCCCUCCACGUUGGAUCGUGCAGCUAUCGGCUGUAAUCUUGUCGUGUGUAUAGCAACACCGUGUGACUAAUCAUUCACUUGCAGACGUCGAAUCUGCCGUGUGAU